GAUUGUGCUGUUUGGGUCAAUGCUUGGACGGACUUCUCUUGACACUCUUUUUCUUCACACUCUUCCAUAUUAUUAUUUCAAUCCCAUCAUCUCAUUCCUCCUCCAUUUCACCAUCAAGGGAGGCAACCAUGGGGACUAAGGAUGAGUUUCCCACAAAUCAAGAGCCAAUUGCUUCGCGAGACGGCGGUGAAAAGUCCGCUUUUUCAACAACCGCCGACGCAAAGCAGGUAGAUGAAAGGACAGCUGAGCAGAAAGCAAUUGAUGAUUGGCUUCCAAUCACUUCAUCAAGGAAUGCAAAAUGGUGGUACUCUGCUUUUCACAAUGUAACUGCCAUGGUUGGAGCUGGUGUGUUGAGCCUUCCAUCUGCCAUGGCAAAUCUUGGAUGGGGUCCUGGUGUGACUAUACUGGUCCUCUCAUGGAUCAUCACAUUGUACACGCUGUGGCAAAUGGUUGAGAUGCAUGAAAUGGUUCCUGGAAAACGUUUCGACAGGUACCAUGAACUGGGUCAGCAUGCAUUUGGUGAAAAACUUGGUCUUUACAUUGUGGUGCCUCAACAACUUAUAUGUGAAGUUGGUGUGGACAUUGUUUACAUGGUCACUGGAGGAAAAUCACUGCAGAAAAUCCAUGACCUUGUGUGCAAAGAUAAUUGUAAAUCAAUGAAGACCACUUACUUCAUCAUGAUCUUUGCCUCUGUUCACUUCGUCCUGGCCCAUCUUCCCAACUUCAACGCCAUCUCCGGCAUCUCAUUGGCUGCAGCAGUCAUGUCUUUGAGUUACUCGACCAUUGCAUGGGGGGCAGCAGUGAAAAAGGGAGUUCAGGAAGAUGUGGACUAUGGCUACAAAGCCACCACUACACCAGGAACAGUUUUCAAUUUUCUCAGUGCUUUAGGUGAUGUUGCAUUUGCCUAUGCUGGACACAAUGUGGUGUUGGAGAUUCAAGCAACCAUCCCUUCCACCCCAGAGAAGCCAUCUAAAGGUCCCAUGUGGAAAGGAGUGUUAGUAGCAUACUUCGUUGUAGGCCUCUGCUACUUCCCUGUUGCUUUUGUUGGAUAUUACAUGUUUGGCAAUGAAGUUGCAGACAAUAUCCUAAUCUCUCUUAACAAACCAACAUGGCUUAUAGUAACAGCUAACAUGUUUGUUGUCAUUCAUGUUAUUGGAAGCUACCAGCUAUUUGCAAUGCCAGUUUUUGACAUGAUUGAAACUGUAAUGGUCAAGAAGUGGCAUUUCAAGCCAACCGGUCUGCUACGAUUUGUGGUUCGCAAUACAUAUGUUGCAUUCACAAUGUUUGUGGCCAUUACCUUCCCCUUCUUUGGUGGCCUCCUUGGAUUUUUUGGAGGAUUUGCAUUUGCUCCAACAACAUACUUUCUCCCCUGCAUUAUGUGGCUUGCUAUUAAGAAACCUAAGAUGUUCAGCUUAUCCUGGAUCAUCAAUUGGAUCUGCAUCAUACUUGGACUCCUGCUAAUGCUUCUGUCACCAAUUGGUGGAUUUAGAUCAAUCUUAUUGAAUGCAAAGAACUAUGGGUUCUACACUUGAACUCCUACUUCUCAAGAGCUAUCUGAAGUCUGAACAUUUUAUUUUGUAAAUGUUAAGCUUGCAUUUCAUUUUAUUUUACUUUUGGACUAUAAACUUGCAUAUGAACGGUAAAUGUGUUACUCGUCUUUGCCAUCUUCAGCUUUAUGUUUUUGUGGAUAACAAGGCCAAAUCUAUCCAUAGUAUAUAAUAUGGGAAAUAAUUCAUGGCUUCAA